GUCGUACAACAAAAAACACCAGUCUUUUUGACGUUGCUUUUGACUCGAGUGCACGUGGAUACAGAACAGGAUCUUCGGGUGAAAACGUUCAGAAUUUCUGAGAAUAAUAUCAAGACUUCCAAUAUAUAGAGAAUCGGUACGAGAUCCCUAACAGACAUGUCCAGUGGCUGUCCUACUGCUGAGAGUCCAUUCCGACAAUGGAAACGUCCAGAUCUCCCAAGUACCUGUAAAUACCAUGAAGCCAAGUCAAUGAAGGAGUCGCCACACAGACAUGUACCACUUGCCCCUCGCCCCAAGGUCAUGUCCACAGUGCUGGAUAACAUCGGAAAUACGCCUUUGGUCCAGAUAAACAGAAUCGCACAGAAGGAGGGGAUCAAAUGUGGCCUGUAUGCCAAGUGCGAGUUCUAUAACGCGGGAGGUAGUGUAAAGGACCGGAUAGGGUUGAGGAUGGUGGAGGACGCGGAGGCGAAGGGAAUCCUAAAACAGGGAGACGUCCUUAUAGAGCCUACCUCAGGAAAUACAGGUAUUGGGUUGGCCCUGGCUGCGGCUGUGAAGGGUUACCGCUGUAUCAUUGUCAUGCCAGAGAAGAUGAGUAUGGAGAAGGUAGACGUACUGAGAGCCUUGGGAGCAGAGAUUGUGAGAACACCAACAUCAGCUGCCUUCGAUUCUCCAGAAUCUCACAUCGGAGUUGCCAAGCGACUGAUGGAAGAAAUCCCUAAUUCACACAUACUGGAUCAGUACAGUAACCCGAGCAACCCCCUAGCCCACUUUGAUGGUACAGGAGAGGAGAUCCUAAACUCACUGGAUGACAAAGUAGACAUGGUUGUGAUGGGUACCGGUACAGGAGGAACACUGACAGGUGUCGCUAGGAAGAUCAAGUCACGAUGUCCUAACUGUAAGGUGAUUGGAGUUGAUCCUGCGGGAUCUAUUCUAGCUGAGCCUGAGGAACUCAACAAGACAGAUGUGACAUCGUACGAAGUUGAAGGCACCGGGUAUGACUUCCUACCUACCGUGUGUGACCGUGUGCUGGUAGAUAAGUGGUACAAGACCAUGGACAAAGAAUCCUUUACGAUGUCACGACGUCUCAUUAGAGAGGAGGGCCUUCUCUGUGGUGGAAGUUCAGGAGCCUCUAUGUACACCGCCAUUAAGGCCAUCAAGGAUUUCGGACUGAAGGAAGGGCAGAAAUGUGUGGUCGUCCUGGCCGAUUCUGUCCGUAACUACAUGACCAAGUUCCUCAGUGAUGAUUGGAUGAGUCAGAGAGACUUCCUGGAGACAGAGAAGAAGGUAGCUCCCACUGAUGGCAAUAACGGUUGUCCCUGGUGGUGGGACAUGAAUGUUAGUGCCUUGGACCUUCGAGCUCCACUGACCGUGACCCCCACCGUGACCAUCCAGGACACACUGGACUUACUUAACCGUGAAGGGUUUGACCAGGUACCUGUGGUCAGUGAUUCAGGCGAUAUCAUGGGGAUGGUAACCGUUGGUAACAUGAUGGCACAGGUCGUCAAGUCAAAGGUCAAACCUGCUGAACCUAUAUCUCAAGUGAUGUACAAGCAAUUCAAGAAGGUGAAGAUGGACAUCUCCCUCGGUCAGCUGUCCCGGAUGUUGGACACUGAUCACUUCGUCCUUGUAGUCCACGACCAGCGCCAGUAUGAAGGGCCAAGUAAAAUGUCCAAGAAGCAGAUGAUUUUCGGCAUAGCAACCCGGAUUGACCUUUUGAACUUCAUCACUAAGCAACAAACCCAGGAAACAUAGAGAUAUAGAACGGCACAAGUCAUUUUAGAAAUGACGUAUAAUCUGGAGGGUGUGACUCGUCCAUUUAUUACGCUCCAUACCUGUUGAAAAAUAACUAUAAUUAUCAAGUAAAUAGUGGUGUACUGUAUUUCUGGGAACAAGGAAAAUUUAGCUACUGCUUUAUAUUAAUUUUGUAAGCCAUUACUAUAAUAACAUAAAUAAGAGAUCAUAGAUAUACAAGGUAUAUAUAUAUAUAUAAAGUUGUAAAGAGGUUCCAAUCACCAAAGCAAUUACUAAUUAAUUCCAACCUUAAUGGGUUAAGAAACUCUAAUAAAAUGUUAUCUCCAGAGAAAAAGAUUUCCAGUUGAAUGUCAGACCUACAUUUCAGCUCAUAAGAGUUAUCCCCCCUGUAAGCGGUUAUAUAUUAAAUGUAAUCACAGGUACAUGUAUGUUGGUUUUCAAAUUUCCAUAUUUUGGUGAAAUAAAAAAUGCUCCCCAAAAUAAAUUUUUUGAUUGUAGUUAAAGUUUCUCCAUCAAAAUAGGAUUCUCCCUGUAACCAAUAACAUUUACAAAGAAUUGUGGCAUUUUUUAGUCCUUAUUUUUGGAAAUAACAUUUUUUGAAAAAUUACAUGUUUUCCUCAAAAAGUCUAAAUAUUGAGAAAGUUAGCAUGGAAGACCAUAGUAAUUUUUUGCAACAAUGCAAAUGGUGGCUUAUGUCAAUUUUCCAGACAAUUAGUUAAUUAUUUCCAGACUGGGUCCCCUCCUUGUUAUCUCUUUGUGAAGGUGGAACAGGUUGUGUGUAUUGUUGGUAUUUAAUGUACUUUAUAUUCAGGAAAUAAGCAAUUGAUACUUAAAGUGCUUAAAAUGUAGUUAAAAUAUUAAUGGAAUCUUACAAUAUAGGUAUGUUGUAUAGCCGAUGCCUAAUGUAUCCCUUGUUGAGGACCAACACACGAACUCUGACUCAAAGUCAGCGUGUGGGUUUACUGUAUAGAACAAUGAAAUGACAAUCUUACUGAGUAUCAGGCGGAUUUAUUUAUAGACAUGGGUUUAUUGUCUGGUAAAUACGGUAAUGUUGGUUUAUUAUCUGAUAAAUAAGAUAACAUGGGUUUGUUAUCUGAUAAAUAAGAUAACAUGGGUUUAUUAUCUGAUAAAUACGGUAACAUGGGUUUAUUAUCUGAUAAAUACGGUAACAUGGGUUUAUUGUCUGAUAAAUACGGUAACAUGGGUUUAGUUUCUGAUAAAUACGGUAACAUGGGUUUAUUAUCUGAUAAAUACGGUAACAUGGGUUUGUUAUUUGAUAAAUACGGUAACAUGGGUUUGUUAUUUGAUAAAUACGGUAACAUGGGUUUGUUAUUUGAUAAAUACAGUAACAUGGGUUUGUUAUUUGAUAAAUACGGUAACAUGGGUUUAGUUUCUGAUAAAUACGGUAAAAUGGGUUUAUUGUCUGAUAAAUACGGUAACAUGAGUUUGUUAUCUGGUAAAUAUGGUAACAUGGGUUUAUUGUCUGAUAAAUAAGAUAGCAUGGGUUUGUUAUCUGAUAAAUACGGUAACAUGGGUUUGUUAUCUGAUAAAUACGGUAACAUGGGUUUGUUAUCUGAUAAAUACGGUAACAUGGUUUAGUUUCUGAUAAAUACGGUAACAUGGGUUUAUUGUCUGAUAAAUACGGUAACAUGGGUUUGUUGUCUGAUAAAUACGGUAACAUGGGUUUGUUGUCUGAUAAAUACGGUAACAUGGGUUUGUUGUCUGAUAAAUACGGUAACAUGGGUUUAUUAUCUGAUAAAUACGGUAACAUGGGUUUAUUAUCUGGUAAAUACUGUAACAUGGGUUUAUUAUCUGAUAAAUACGGUAACAUGGGUUUAUUGUCUGAUAAAUACGGUAACAUGGGUUUGUUAUCUGAUAAAUACGCUAACAUGGGUUUAUUGUCUGAUAAAUAUGUUACUCUGUGGUUAUGUACAAUGGAGAGUAAAGGUAGAAUGUGGAGGUGGAGUUAAAUCAGAGAGUUCAGCUUUUGGUGUUUAUUUCACAACAUUACAGGACCCUGGUGUUUUAACAGAUCUAUGUCCGUAGUUAUAAGUUCUUAACAUCAACACUAUAAAGGUCAUUAGGGUUAGAAAUGUGUUGUUUACCCGGUGUGAGUCGCCAAGUUUAUAACUAUGGAAUCUCUAAUCAGUUAGUCACAAUACCAUCAGCACUUUGUGCAAAUAUCUUGCAAAUAUAUUUUCCGUAAGAAAGUAAACAUUUGUGUAUUCGGGUCGAUUUGAUCACCGGUGACCAUAUCUUGGAUAUUGUAUAUAUGAAUAUUUAUGUACAUUAGAAGGUCUAAUCAGUUCAUACUUCCUGGUGUUAAUAAUGUUUAGACAUGAAAAUAUUAGUCAAGUCACAUGACAAAUGUUUGUGCAAUCAUGUGACAUAUUUUACUGUCCAUUCCCAUGACAAUGUUCAUGCCUGGUCACAUGACCGAUGUUAGUGUCUGGUCAUGUGACAACAUUUCUUUUUGGUUGCAUGACAUAGUUUACUGUCCGGUUACAUGCAAAACAUUUGUCUGUGACAUUCUUGUCUGGUCACAUGAUAAGUGUUUCUUUCCAGUCACAUGACAAACGUUUCUUUUCAGUAACAUGACAAACAUUUCUUUUCAGUCACAUGGCAUACUUUAAUGUCUAGACACAUCAGAUAUCUUAGUGUCUGGUCACAUGACAUACCUUACUCUCUGUUCUCAUGUCAAACGUCUAUCUUCAGACGGGUUUGUGCUCUUUUAAUGUAUACCAUUGUCAUUGUAAAAUAAUAGGAAAUGAGCAUUGUUAGGAGGCAGUGAUCCUACUAUAUCACAUAAAACAUACCUGGCUCUUUUGUUGUUUCUAGCUAUUUAGAGGGUUUAAUGGUAAAUCGCUUGUGGAUACUACAUAUAAAAUAGUUGUAAAUUAUCAAACAUACUGUUGAAGGACACAAAAGUUAUUCGGAACUUUUAAUACAACUGAUAACUAGAGCCAAAAUGAGUCAUAGCUGUUCCUUCCUUCUAGGACUUGUUUGGGACAUCAUAACAACUGUUUCAUCCUUUAAGAACUCGUUAGUGAUGGUUGGGACAUUAUACAGCUGUUCCAUCCUUCUAGCACUCAUUGGUGAUGGUAGGAACAUUAUAUAGCUGUUCCAUGCUUUUAGACUUGUCAGAAAUUUAAUAACACCUUGGCAUGGUUAUGACAUUUUGAUCUUAACUGAUUUUUUUAGUGCGUUUGUUUCUUUUUGUUCCGAUUUUCAAAGUGCUUUACAUGCAUCUUGUUUUAUUAUCAGUAAUUUAAUUUUGAAGUCGUUUUUUGUUAAAUACAAUAUUUGAUGUUUAUAUGAGGCAACAAAAGUUAUCUGCAACUGUAAUGACAACAGUCACGUGAUACUGUAAUGGCACAACAGUCACGAAAUACUGACACAACAGUCACGUGAUACUGACACAACAGUCACGUGAUACUGUAAUGACAGAAUAGUCAUGUGAUACUGUAAUGACACAACAGUCACGUGAUACUGUAAUGACACAACAGUCACGUGAUACUGUAAUGACAGAACAGUCACGUGAUACUGUAAUGACACAACAGUCACGUGAUACUGUAAUGACAACAGUCACGUGAUACUGUAAUGACACAACAGUCACGUGAUACUGUAAUGACACAACAGUCACGUGAUACUGUAAUGACAGAACAGUCAUGUGAUACUGUAAUGACACAACAGUCACGUGAUACUGUAAUGACACAAGUCAUGUGAUACUGUAAUGACACAACAGUCACGUGAUACUGUAAUGACACAACAGUCAUGUGAUACUGUAAUGGCACAACAGUCACGAAAUACUGACACAACAGUCACGUGAUACUGUAAUGACACAACAGUCAUGUGAUACUGUAAUGACAGAACAGUCACGUGAUACUGUAAUGACACAACAGUCACGUGAUACUGUAAUGACAACAGUCACGUGAUACUGUAAUGAC